AUGGUUCACGCCUAUAACUCGCUGCGACAGGAAACCAAUGAUCGACCGAAUCCAGACAUACCAGUAUAUGUUGUUCGUAAAGAGAAUGGUGAAGGACGCAAGCGUACUUUAGACAGAAAUCUUCUGCUCCCUAUGGGUAGACUUAACCUAAGGGAUAGUUUAGAUCAAACUAUCAUUAGUAAGAAACCUACACCAGCUCCAAGAAGGAAAAAGAACUCUGAUCAGAGAACAACGGCAGCAGUAGCUCCAGAAUCAAGGAGUGAAGAGACUGAUGAUUCUUCCGACGAUGAAUUAUUAUGCAAUAAAGUUGUGUCUGGGCCACUGAAACCGUCACAAGAUCACAAUAAUGAUUCAAGUGACGAAUAUGUGAGAGGAGCUGAUGAUGCUGAGGAUGAUGAUGAGGAUGAUGACGAUGAUGAUCCUAGUAUAGAGCUAGAGCAGAUCGAAAAACUUGAAGAUGAGAAUACCGGAAAAAUCAGGGAAUCAUAUGAAAAAGGAAACGUUGGACAGCGAAAAUCAUCACGUCCACGUAAACAGAGAAGGGUUGAUGGAAAUUUCUGCUGUAUUGGUUUUUCGUGGAAUAACAGUACUGCAAUGUGUGAAAAGUGCCCCAUUGGAUAUUUUGGCAAAGAUUGCGAAAAGAAAUGUAGUUACCCUUUCUACGGUGAAGACUGCCAAUCAACAUGCAAUUGUUCAACAGAUGGAUGUCACUAUUCUCGUGGAUGUUUUACAAACAUGGAUACUUUUAUAUACCAAGAAUUAAGUUCACAAAGAAAAUACUCAACAGAACCCCCAACCACGUCCUUAUCUGUUUCGAUAUCAAAGAAACAGUUUUCUAAUCCAACCGUUUCUUUGGACUUUUCUACAGAUAUUUAUAAACAUUUAAGUGAUGAUAAACUGGAUAAUAUUCCUUCAAACGACAAUUGGCUAAAUAACAGUGUGGCUUUGAGCUUAUUUGGAAUUUUUGUUCUGUUUUUUUCUGUUUUCGUUAUCGCAUAUAUCUAUUUGAAGUGCUUUCGAAAGGAAUUAAAUGCUAAAAAGAAUAAAAACACUGAGUGGCAGGUCAAAUACCGAUCGCUGAGUCUCGAUACAAGGCAGCCCCUGGGUACAGCUUAUGAGGAACCACAAGAACAACUGAUAGUGAGAGAUUCUACGUACCUAUCUCCCGUUUUUAGUCGCAAUGUGGGUAAUAAAAUCAGCAGCUUACAGAUAAAUGAUAUGAGAAUCGAUAGCAAUGAUGUGUCCGGAGAAACUACGGGAGGUAAACACAGUCUCAGUCACGUCCCCACAUAUACAGAAAACGAAACAAACAGCUCUCUCAAGCUCGAAGAACGAACAUUUGAUGUUUACACAGAAAUUGCAGAAAACAUCCCAGAAAUUUCAAAUGUGUCAGCUAGUUAUGAUUGUAAACCACAAGUGACUAGCAACUUUAAUAAAAACACUGCUACGUGCAGUUAG